GAAACAAACGAAGUGUCUUCUUGUAUUUGUCUGUAAUUUGAAGACACAUUGGGGACACCGUGAGGAGUCCAGUCUCUAGCUUAGUCCAACAUGACUUCAUCGAUGCCGCAGAAGCGUUUUUACAGACAGAGAGCUCAUUCAAACCCGAUGGCUCACCACACCUUUGAUUAUCCAGUAUGUCCUGAAGAAAUGGACUGGUCCAAGCUGUAUCCAGACCUCACAACCUCUGACCUGUCUGAGAAAGAUACCCCUCGAGUCGAAUUUGCAGACAUUGGAUGCGGAUACGGGGGCCUUUUAGUGGAGUUAUCUCCACUCUUCCCUGAUAAACUUAUCUUGGGCUUGGAGAUUCGAGUUAAAGUAUCAGAUUAUGUUCAAGACCGUAUUCAGUCGCUGCGUGCCUCUAACCCGGGAAGCUACCAGAACAUCGCCUGCAUUCGCAGUAAUGCAAUGAAGUACCUCCCCAAUUUCUUCCUCAAAGGACAGCUCAGUAAGAUGUUCUUCCUCUUUCCUGACCCUCACUUUAAGAAGACCAAGCACAAAUGGAGGAUCAUCAGCCCCACGCUGUUGGCAGAAUACGCCUACGCACUGAGAGUUGGGGGUUUAGUGUACACAAUAACAGAUGUGGAGGAAGUCCACCUCUGGAUGGUGAAGCACUUCACCGAACACCCACUGUUUACACGGGUCACAGAAGAAGAACUGGUUGAUGACGUCAUCGUAAGUCGUCUGGGGACAUGUACGGAAGAAGGGAAGAAAGUGCAAAGGAAUGGCGGGAAGAAUUACCUCGCAGUUUUCUGUAGGAUUGAAGAUUCCCUCUGAUGCCAAAUGUUGUGAAAGUGCUUUUUGUUUCUUUAUUUUACUUGUAUU